AUGUUCAAUGUAGCAUUACCAUCACAAGACAAAAAAUCAGAAUUUUACAAGCAAAAGCGCUUAUCUUUAAGGACCAACAUAUUAGAUGAAUUCUUAAGGGUUGCCAAAACGCAAGACAACAGGCAAAAUAAUUUCGUUUCUCAGUACCGAAAUGACGAAAUAUACUGA